AUGAGUGAACGUCUAUCUGGCCUCCCAGUCCUAGCCACUGACAAUAAAAUUGCCUAUGAGGCGGACUUUGAUGAGACAGACACUCCUCGAGAGACAGACACUCCUCGAGAGACAGACGCUCCUGGACAGACAGACGCUCCUCGACAGACAGACGCUCCUCGACAGACAGACACUCCUCGACAGACAGACACUCCUCGACAGACAGACACUCCUCGACAGUCAGACAGUCCCCGAGAGACAGAUACUCCCCGAGAGACAGAUACUCCCCGAGAGACAGAUACUCCCCGACAGACAGACACUCCUCGAGAGACGGACACUCCUCAUGAGACGGACACUCCGCGAGAGACGGACACUCCUCGAGAGACGGACACUCCUCGAGAGAUGGACACUCCUCGAGAGACGGACACUCCUCGAGAGACGGACACUCCUCGAGAGACGGACACUCCUCGAGAGACGGACACUCCUCGAGAAAAGGACACUCCUCGAGAGAAGGACACUCCUCGAGAGACGGACACUCCUCGAGAGACGGACACUGCUCGAGAGACGGACACUCCUUGA